GGUUUAAUAGGUUACGGUUAGCAUCUGUUUACUUUGCUAUGCUUAUUGUUGUACUUCUCUAGAUAUCACUGCCACCACUUGAAUUUGUGCACGCGUGUUGGUGACUAUGACGGCGUAACUGGUACUGAACCUGGGGGCCGAGCGAGACUUAGUGACCGACGCUCCUUGUGCGGCGAGGGGUUUUCUGAUCGUUCGACUUUGCUCUUGAUGGUGAGUGUGCAGGCGAGCGUCACCGAAAAGCAGGCGCGAUCGAGUGCAAAGUGGUGGUGUUGCCUGUGUAUAGUAGAAUUUGCUCUGCGUCGCACACCCCAUGGCACGCAUAGAGUGUGGCCUCCUUGCGUGACCUUUGUUUAUUUGCUCCUGUUCCAGACCCAAACACAUUUGUAAUGCAUAUCGUCCUUUGUGUGGCAAAGUGAAGUAGAGUGGAGGCACAUCGCCAUGGGCUGGCAAGCGAUGGCAACCUACGAUCGGCUCUGCCACCGCUUGCGACCGAGCGGCCGCCAUCUGUUCGACCUUACCACGGAGGCACAAGUGGUGCGCUAUGGUUGUGCGACAGCUUCGCGGGCGAACGUAACAAGUAGACGGUGGGCGCGGUUGCCGUGGCCUUAUAUCGAUGAAAGUGCACCCACCCCAUCUUCACACAGGCGUAGUGCUGCAGCAGACACUUUUCAGUCGCGCUUGCUGGUUAUGUUUUAUUUCUGGUUUGUAAUGGUGCACAAGAUAUGUGAGCAGAUUGCUUCGUGGCGGGGAUGUCACUGCCAGAGGCAAACUUGUCAUGCAUGAUACGCGCGCUCUGUUUCGGAUUUGUAUAGGCAGAUCGCAUAUCCUGGGUAUGGGGUGGGUGUGCUUUUGUUCAAGAUAUAUCUUCCACGGGAAUCGCGAGCGUCUGAAGUCGAAUUCGGCGAAAGAGUGCGCGCGAUCAGCAAACCUGAUUCCACCAACUUGAUUCCAUUUCUCAACUUGAUUCGACAAACGCGAUCCUGUCGCAAACGUGAUCCCGUUAACGUGAUUCCGCGAGUAAACUUGGUUCCAAAAAUGUCAAAACGUGAUACCGAUACUUUCUCUAGAUAUCACUGCCACCACUUGAAUUUGUGCACGCAUCAAGAAAAGUUGCAAGUGUCGGGUGAUAGAAGAAUCUACAACCAUUAUAUAUAUUUUUACUCGCCCGGGACGAUAGCAAAAGAUUUGACUUGUUUCGUUCUUCAUUCCCAUGCAACAAGAAGACGCACGACCAGCAGAUGCAGGUCUGCGACGCAGUACGGCUGCACUCUGGGAGAU